GGAGCAAUGCACUACUUUACUUCCGGGUUAAAGCAUAAAGAAAUAGAUCUCCAAAAAACGUUGUUUUGUUCAAGUAAAGUUACUUGAAUGAAGCUAUUUGUUUGGUGAAAGAAAAAGCUGUUGCAAUGUCGGAGUCAGAUUUAAUAGGACCUGCGUUGCCGCCGAUGUUUCAGACGACCAAGGGGGAUGAAUCUGACGAGGAACCUCCCAUAGGUCCAGCAUUGCCCCCGGUGUACAGAGCAGAUUCCUCAUCCAGUUCCUCUGACGACGAAGAGACGUAUAGAAGAGGCAAAAGCAACUCGUCAAAAUGUACUACAACAUCUAGAAUUGGUUCAGGUGAAACACAGGAAGCGGAUGAUGAUGAUGGAUUUUUUGGCCCAGCUCUUCCUCCUGGAUAUCAGAAGAAACAAAUGUCACCUGACAGACCACCUCCGCUGGGACCUGCACUGCCUCCAGGCUUCUGCAGACCAAGGGAUGAAGAUGAGGAAGCAAAUGACGACGAUAGAGGAGGAAUCUCGGGCCCUGCCCUCCCGCCAGGCUAUAAGCCUGAGUACUCAGGCAGUGAGGAGGAUGAUGAUGAAGACGAUGAAGUUGUCGGGCCAAUGCCUUUUAAAGGGGAUAGGGCAACUCUCAACUCUGUGGCCCUGGACAUCGAGAGACGCGCUAAGAAGAUGAAAGACAAACUAACUGGCGUAAACGAUGGUCCUGAGGAGGUGACGAGGGAGACCUGGAUGACUGAGCUACCUCCGGAGCUGCAGCACAUCGGGCUGGGUGCCCGCACAUUUAAGAAGAGGUCAGGUCCAGAGAACAAGGACCGCAGCAUUUGGACGGAUACCCCAGCAGAUAGGGAGCGCAAAGCCAGGGAGCGUCAGGAAGGGAAGAAAAGUGGGGAGUCGACGAAGGAAGCUCCACGUCUCUCACGGAAGGAGGUUGAAAUGGCAGAGAAAGUGGCCAAAUACAAUGAGUCCAAACGUGGGGAAUCUCUCAUCAGCAUGCACACCAAGAACUUGAAGAGGAAAGCAGACGAGGAGGGCAAGAAGCCAGUAGAGAGGAGGGCCUUUGACCGUGACCAAGACCUGCAGGUCAACCGCUUCGAUGACGCCCAGAAGAAGAGCCUGCUGAAGAAGUCCGCGGAGCUGAACACGCGGUUCUCGCAUAGUAAAGAUCGUAUGUUCCUGUAGCCGGCACACACAUUGAACUGCUGCCUGCCAGCUAUGCGUGUCUCUCUUGGAUUCAUGUGUGUGUAGAGUGUCAGUUCAGUUGCAUUAGGAGGUUAGUGUAUCGUUCUCAAAAGAGAAAAAGCAAUACAAAACAGUGUAUUUGACUCUGUGUUGUAUAUAAUUUGAUACCAAGGCUGCAGAAUUGUUUUAAUGUGUUGAUAUGUGUCAAUCUUCAAUUCGUGACCAAGACUUUCUGUUGUUGGUGGUCUUUUUAAAAAUAUUUUCUGUAUGCUUCAUUUUUACAAAAAAAAAACAUUUGUUGUCAAUCAUUCAUUUACACUUAUAUUUUCCUGGUCUGUUUUUUUUUUAUCAAUUCUUAUGUUUGUCUUUAGAUCUGAAUUUAGUGUGUGUGUGUGUGUGUGUGUGUGUGCGUGCCUGCCUAGCUGAACCUGAAAAAGUGAUCUAGUAUGUGCUCUCGUCCUCUGUCUACACUAUGUAUUGUGUGGUGAUUUCUGUAAUUUACUUUGAACAUCAUUUAAAUAAAUGCGUCAAGCACGUUGGUCUUC